AUGGAUUCUAUGCUAACGCACACUUAUGAAACCCCUUUCAAUUGCCAAGAAAAUUAUUUUGGUAAUCCCAAGUCCUAUUUUAAAGAUAAUAUUAAUUUCACCUGUAAAGAAUUAUCAUUAGACUUUGCCACUGCCGUCGAAUACUUAGGUUUAUUAUACAUCGUUUUUUCUACUGUCAAUGUAUUUAUUGAGAAAAAUUUAGAAACGAUUAAGGGCAGCGUAACUAGUUCGUUGGCUCCAGCAAAAGUUUGGGAUGACAAACAAAUUUCACUUUUGCUUGAAUAUUUGAGUGCUAACAUUACGUCAUACAACUAG